AUGUCGGAUUUUUCAGGCACCCCAGACCUCGAGUGUUUCGAGGCAUUACGCGACGAAACCUUCGAGGCCAUGGGUCCAUCGGCUCGCGUUAUUCGUACCCUUAUCGCAUGUCACAUCAAAACUAUUCAGGUCGUCAAAUAUCUCCGAUUCACAAACGUUCCACCAAGCGUGGCAGAACAGGACUUCUCGAAAUCUACGAGGCCGAUGUACAAUGAUGAGACACGUCACUAA